AUGGGUCGCGAAGACCAGAUCGAGGAGACUGAGGUCCUCGAGUCCAUCUUCCCCGACGAGUUCACCAAGAUCGAGGACAAUGAGUUCCGCAUCUCCAUCAAGCUCGACCUGCCGGACGAUGUCGUUGCGGCGACACGACCUGCCGACGCCGACCCAGACGACGAGGACGAGCCGCCCGUCAUGGUCCUCCACGUCAAGUACCCCGACGACUACCCAGACAAGGCGCCCCACCUCGAUCUGGCACCACCGCCUCAGCAGCACGAGCAGCACCCGCUCUUCAGCGUCGCCGGCGACAAGGACGAGCUGCUGUCGGGCCUCGCCGAGACCAUUGAGGAGAACCUGGGCAUGGCCAUGAUCUUUACCAUUGUGUCCGCGCUCAAGGACGCCGCCGAGCAGAUGAUUGUGUCGCGCCACGAGGCCGCCAUGAAGAUCAAGGAGGAGGCUCUGCUCGCCGCCGAGCGCGAAGAGAACAAAAAGUUCCACGGCACGCCGGUGACGCCCGAGACGUUUACCAAGUGGCAGGCGGAUUUUUUGGCAGAGAUGGCCGAGCAGCGGAAACGCGACGAGGAGCAGCAAGCCGCCGAGAUGGCCAAGAAGAGCCGCGGGGCCGGUGGCAGUGGAGGCCUGCUGGGCAAAGACGGUUCAAAACUCACCGGUCGGCAGCUGUGGGAGCAGGGCCUUGCGGGCAAGACUGACGAUGAUGACGAGGCAGAUGAAGACGAGAGCGUGCCGACAGGCGACGUGCAAAAGCUCAAAAUCGACGCAUGA